AUGUCCGCCGCCGCCUUCUCUUCUUUCUCUUGGAUCACGUUUCCCACCUGCACCAAAGAGGCGACCUCUCUCCCAGAAUGGCUCCGCUUCGUCUUCCUCUCACCUUGCCCCCAGCGUGCCCUCUCCUCCGCCGUCGACAUCCUCUUCCUUCUCACUCUCUUCUUCGUCUCCCUCCACAGAAUGUGGCGGCGAGUCCAUCGAGGGAAUCCACCGAGCUCUGACCUCCGCAAACCGCUGAUUGAGGAACAUAAGGCGACCGUUAGAACCAAUAUCUUGUUUAAGCUGUCCCUGGCCCUUACGGCCGUGCUUUCCUUCUCCUCCGCCGUUCUCUUCAUCUUCUCCGCUCUCGGUUACAGCUGGCGGAGCUCGGUGGAGCUCUCAUUUCUCGUCUCCAAAGCCAUAGCGAACGUUGGGGCGGUCAUCUUAAUAGCUCACGAGAAACGCUUUGAAGCCGCUACUCAUGCUCGAUCCCUGCGGCUUUAUUGGGUCGCAAGCUUCCUCGUUACCUCCCUUCUCGCUGCGUCCGCUAUCCUCCGCUUCGUCCACCAUGGCUUUCACGGGUCAGAGCUCGUCCCCGACGAUGUGUUCUCCCUCGCAACCUUUCCCAUCUCCUUGUUCCUCCUCUACGUCGCGACCACUGGAUCCACGGGCGUCUCCGUUGUCCUCCACCUGGAGUCGGAGCCCACAGAUGGCGAGGUCACCCCUUUCGCCACUGCGUCGCUGGUCUCCCGGGCCACCUGGAUGUGGAUGAACCCACUGCUGAACAAGGGGUACCGAUCUCCGCUGAAGCUGCCGGACGUGCCGGCCCUCGCGCCGGAGCACCGCGCGGAGCGGAUGUACGAACUGUUCCGUUCAAACUGGCCCAUCCCUGCGCUCCGGUCGAACCACCCCGUUCGGACCGCUCUUCUGCGGUGCUUCUGGCCUAAUCUCUUGCUCACCGCCGCUCUCUCUCUCAUCCGGCUCAGCGUGAUGUAUGUCGGCCCUCUGCUGAUCAACCGGUUCGUUGACUUCGCCUCUGGGAAGAACCGGCGCUCGCCCUUCGAGGGUUUGUACCUCUGCGGGAUCCUGUUGGCGGCGAAGACAGUGGAGGUAAUCUGCUCCCAUCAGUACAAUUUCCAGUCGCAGAAGCUGGGAAUGCUCAUCCGCUCCACCCUCAUCACCUCGCUCUACCGCAAGGGCCUACGGCUGUCGUGCUCCGCCCGCCAGUCCCACGGCGUGGGGCAAAUCGUGAACUACAUGGCUGUUGACGCCCAGCAGCUCUCCGACAUGAUGCUCCAGUUGCAUUACCUCUGGCUAAUGCCGCUUCAGGUAGGCACUGCCAUGGCUCUUCUUUACUUCAGCCUCGGCAUUGCCAUGCUCACCGCAGCAGUCUCCAUCGCCGCCAUCCUUGCAUUCGUGGUGAUGGGGGCCCGACGGAAUAACAGGUACCAGUUCAGCCUGAUGACAAUGCGAGACAAGCGCAUGAAGGCCACCAACGAGAUGCUCAACUACAUGCGGGUGAUCAAAUUCCAGGCUUGGGAAGAGCAUUUUAACAAAAGAAUCCUGAAGCUCCGAGAAGGGGAAUUUGCUUGGUUGUCCAAGUUCUUCUACUCUGUAUCUGGUAACAUCAUUGCAUUGUGGAGUGCACCGGUGUUGGUGGCUGUGAUCACCUUCGCCACAUGCUUACUUGCCGGGGUGGAGCUGGACGCUGGCAAGGUGUUCACAGCGACGUCCUUCUUCAAGAUCCUACAGGAGCCAUUGCGCAACUUCCCGCAGGCGCUGAUACAGUCGUCACAAGCCGUGAUUUCUCUAGAGCGCCUCGACGGGUACAUGACCAGCCGCGAGCUUGAGGAGGGCGCCGUGGAGAAGGCCGCUGGCGGAUGCGACGACGACGUCGCUCUGGAGGUCCGGGAGGGGGCCUUCACGUGGGACGACGAGCCGACGGAGGGCUCGGGGGGAUACCUCCGUAAUGUGAACGUUGAAAUCAAGAAGGGGUCGCUGGCGGCGGUGGUUGGGACAGUCGGCUCCGGCAAGUCGUCGUUCCUCUCGUGCGUUCUCGGAGAGAUGCAUCGCAUUUCCGGCAAGGUACGCCGACGCCCUUCGAUCGCUCUCUCCUCUCAUUGGAUGGAGAUAUUACAUGAAUGCCGUCUGAUAAUAAUUGAAGUUAUUUCAUCGUUAUAGCAUUUGCUCAGUUCAAAACUGUAACGGGUCAUUGAUCUCCACACCAGUUAGUAUCUUGGCUUGUCACAUUUUUUUCAGCCAAAUUAUUAAUGUAGAAACUGUUUCAUAAUACUUAUCGAAAUCAGACAAAUACAUAUGGUCAAUUCUUUACCGCUGUCAUUUAGACAGCUUGACCGAAUUCUUUUAAGCCUGGGAUUCCGUCCACGAGUCAAACAGUUGGUCUGCCAUCUUUUGAUUUUACAUAAAUUCAUCCCAUCACAUCAACAGCACAGCGACAGGAUCCCUGGACCUUUCCGGCCGAUCCACGAGUUCUCUCUCUCUCUCUCUCUUUCUGUCCAACGCGUGUCGAUAUAUAAAGCUACACGGAUCUGACCAGCUACUGUUGUGGAUUUUGGGCAGGUUCGGGUGUGCGGGACGACAGCCUACGUGGCUCAGACGUCGUGGAUACAGAACGGGACGAUACAGGAGAACAUACUGUUCGGGGCGGCGAUGGAGCCGGGGAGGUACCAGGAGGUGCUGCGGGUGUGCUGCCUGGAGAAGGACCUGGAGAUGAUGGAAUUCGGUGACCAGACGGAGAUCGGGGAGCGGGGGAUCAACCUCAGCGGCGGCCAGAAGCAGCGCAUCCAGCUCGCGAGGGCUAUCUACCAGGACUGCGACGUCUACCUCCUCGACGACGUCUUCAGCGCCGUCGACGCCCAAACCGGCUCCUUCAUCUUCAAGGUCAGACGCCCCCCCUCGCUCUAUAAAUACUUCGCUUGGUCUCUUCGGAGAAGAAGAGGGCCCACGGCUGGACAAGUCUCACAGCCACUGCCAAUAUCGUGUGCUUCUCUUGCAUAUGGCUACUCGCUUCUCUGACCUGUUGGCCCAGUUCUGGGUCUCCAGCAUGAGAGCCGGGGAGGGGGAGACCCAGCAGUUGUCGUGAACAGCUGAUUUAGGACUGUUUUCUUAAUUUAUCUGCCCUUUUGACGCCCAAGUUAUUUAAAUAAAUAUAAAGGAAAUAGUAACUAUUUAAAUAAAUAUAACUUUAAAAGUAGCUUUCCUUUUAUUUUAUAAUUUCUGAUAAAUAGGAGAAAUCCGGUGCAGGAAUGCGUGAGAGGGGCGCUUAAAGGGAAGACUGUAGUGCUCGUGACCCAUCAAGUGGACUUCCUGCACAAUGUUGAUCUCAUCUUGGUCAUGCGAGACGGAGAGAUUGUACAGUCAGGGAAGUACAGACAGCUACUCGACACCGGCACAGAUUUCAGCGCUCUCGUAGCGGCCCAUGACAAUUCCAUGGAACUCGUCGAGCAGAGCGCUGCCACCGCCGCCGACAACGACGUACAGCCGAACCCAACAAAGAAGUCCCACCCGGAGCAGAACCACGCCGAAGCCCAGAACGGCUCUACAGACAACCUCAAGAAGGGGAAAGGCACGGCCAAGCUCAUUGAGGCGGAGCAGCGAGAGACGGGCCACAUCGGGUGGCGCGUGUACAAGAUGUACGCCACGGAAGCUUGGGGAUGGUGGGGGGUCUUCGCGGUAGUAGUUACCUCAGUGGUGUGGCAGCUCUCCCUGAUGGCUAGCGACUACUGGCUAGCCUUCGAGACCUCCGGGGAAAACGGGGUCUCUUUCAACCCCGUUGUGUUCAUCCAGGUCUACGCUAUCAUUUCCGUCGUCUCUGUGAUCCUUGUCACGACAAGGACGUUCAUUGUUGCGUCGCUGGGCCUCGCGACGGCGCAAAUCUUCUUCCAGCAGAUUAUCAACAGCAUCCUCCACGCGCCGAUGUCCUUCUUCGACACCACGCCUUCUGGGAGGAUUCUGAGCCGAGUAAGCACUCUGAAAUAUUUACGAGCCAAUAAUAGUUAGUAUAAGUGAUGAAAUGUGGGUUUAGAGAUAAUCCUUGGUCUGUUCUUAUUUCAGGCGUCAUCGGAUCAAACCAACAUCGACCUGUUCCUUCCGUUCUUCGUGGGGAUAGUCGUCGCGAUGUUUAUGACUGUACUCAGCAUCCUGGUGAUCACAUGCCAGGUCGCUUGGCCUACGAUCAUAAUCAUUAUCCCAUUAGCAGCGCUCAAUUUCUGGUUCAGGGUACUCUCCAAUCCUGCUUUUCCGUUCUACUUUCUCUCGAGAAAAUAUCCUUCAAAUUUUGGUCAAUCAUAUGUAGCUAUUAGUUCAUUUUAGACUACUAUAUUUUUGAACCGUGUCUCCAGGGAUACUACCUGGCGACGUCUCGCGAGCUGACCCGCCUGGACUCCAUCACGAAGGCACCAGUCAUCCAUCACUUCUCAGAGAGUGUCUCUGGUGUUACAACAAUCCGCUGUUUCAGGAAGGAGGAAAGUUUCUGCAAGGAAAAUGUGGAUAGAGUCGACGCGAACCUGAGGAUGGACUUCCACAACAAUGGAUCCAACGAGUGGCUGGGUUUCCGCUUGGAGUUGAUAGGAAGCCUCAUCCUAUGCUUUUCCGCUCUCUUUAUGGUCGUAUUGCCAAGCAGCAUAGUCAAGCCGGGUACACACUCUCACGACUCUCUCUCUCUCUCUCUCUCUCUCUCUCUCUCUCUCUCUCUCUCUCUCUCUCUCUCUCUCUCUCUCUCUCUCUCUCUCUCUCUCUCUCUCUCUCUCUCUCUCUCUCUCUCUCUCUCUCUCUCUCUCUCUCUCUCUCUCUCUCUCUCUCUCUCUCUCUCUCUCUCUCUCUCUCUCUCUCUCUCUCUCUCUCUCCCCCCUCCCUCUCCCUCUCUCUCUCUCUGGAGGUCAUGUUGCUCACAGUGGAUCGUUGUGAUGCCAGAAUAUGUCGGGUUGUCUCUAUCUUAUGGCCUCUCUCUCAACACUACGCUGUUCUUUGCGAUAUGGAUCAGUUGCUUGGUAGAGAAUCGUAUGGUAUCUGUGGAGAGGAUCAAACAGUUCACGAACAUCCCCUCCGAAGCAGCCUGGAAGAUCAAGGGCUGUCUCCCGUCAGCGAGUUGGCCAACCAGGGGGAAUAUCGAUAUCAGAGACCUCAAGGUAACGUAGUAAUUUCGUCGACCUUAUUCUAUAUUCCACGUGGGCGAAUCUUUCGGUAAACCAUACGGGUUACUGACGCAGGUGAAAUAUCGACCCAACACCCCGAUGGUUCUGAAAGGGAUCACGCUGAGGAUCAACGGAGGGGAGAAGAUCGGAAUUGUCGGCCGAACCGGAAGCGGGAAAUCGACGUUGAUCCAGGCGCUGUUCCGGGUGGUGGAGCCCACCGAGGGGAUGAUGGUCAUCGAUGGAAUCGAUAUUUCAAUGCUGGGCCUCCAUGAUCUCCGGUCGAGGUUCGGGAUCAUCCCUCAAGAGCCUGUUCUGUUUGAAGGAACGGUGAGGAGCAACAUUGACCCGACGGGAGUCUACUCCGACGAUGAGAUAUGGACGGUGAAGCCGAAAAGACCCUGACAUCUUUCACAAGUUAAUUUCUUUAUUUUCCAUCUCUCAAGGUUCCCGUCGUCCGCUUUGUCCUCGGAGUUCGUCAUCGUACAUUCGUCCUUUACUGUGCUCCUGAAUUUGCAGAGCCUGGAUCGAUGCCAACUCAAGGAAGUUGUGGCCGGAAAACCGGAGAAACUCGAUUCUAUGGGUACGUUCAAUAAUGCGUUACUUGUCGGAGAACUGGCCGUCCCCGAAGAACUUAUCGACCGGUUGUUGUCUGGUGCGGGCUUUCCUUAUUCUGUGAUCUUCAACCCCUUGCAGUGGUGGAUAGCGGAGACAACUGGAGCGUGGGGCAGAGGCAGCUCCUCUGCCUGGGCCGGGUGAUGCUGAAGCACAGCCGGAUCUUGUUCAUGGACGAGGCCACCGCCUCGGUCGAUUCACAGACCGACGCGGUGAUCCAGAGGAUCAUCAGAGAGGACUUCGCCUCCUGCACCAUCAUCAGCAUCGCCCACAGGAUACCCACCGUGAUGGACUGUGACCGAGUCCUGGUCGUAGACGCAGGUAGGCUCACGACUCCCCCAGUCCACAGGCACAGAGAGAGAGAGAGAGAGAGAGAGAGAGAGAGAGAGAGCGUUUUCAGAAAAUAAUGGGCCAACGGAUGUUUUUUCUCGUCUGCACAGGAUUCGCGGCGGAGUUCGACAAGCCAUCGAACUUGAUAGAGCGGCCGUCACUCUUUGGAGCCCUGGUUCAGGAGUAUGCUAACCGCUCCUCUGAUCUAUAG